CCUAACUUAAUUACUCGAAAAUCAAGUGAAUCAACAACUGCCAUUCAUCGUGACCUCGGCUCUUUUUCGUUCCGCCUCCGUCUGGAAGCAUUCAUUCCUUUAAGGGAGCUGGUGGCGAAAUCCCUGUUUCCUUCGAAGCACUCGCCAUAAAUCCAUCAGGCGGAACUGGGCAGGCUCUUGGCCAAAUAGAAAGUAUCUCCCUGGGUGGCCUGUCUACCGGCUCGUUUGACGGUCAAUCAGUUAGCCAGCACCAUUAAGUUUAUCGCCACAGCUGAUGAGUUGUGUGGCGGAGGGGAAAAGGAUGUGGCAGGACACCGUGCCCACGCAUGUGUUUAGUGAGUCCCCAUACCCCUUCGAUUUUUCGCAUAUUUUAAUAGUCAAGUAGCUGCAGCGACUCUGGUUUCCUACUCACGGGCUUCUUUCUAUCUUUGUAUCUCCCCCGACGCUAUUUGCUUUUCUCGAAGCGCAAACAAAAGCCAAAAGAAAUUGCCAUUUAUCUACUAUUGACUCUGUGGCUGCUGGAGCAUCAAGUGGUUUUCCUUUAAUGGCGGUUCGAGCUUCCCAACUACCUAUUUAUUUGACCGAGUCGGGCCGAGUCUUUUUCUUAUCGAUUUUCCUUCUAGUUUUUCUGGAGUUACAAAAGGGGUUCACUAGGUUUCGCUUACGGUACACUAGUUACUGUGAUGCCCGCAUAAAUUAAACGCCAGAAUUUGAAAGUCAAGCACAGAAGUCAGUCUGUCUGUCCACCCGAACCCCCCAUCCAUUUUAUAUCCCUUAUUUUUUGUACCCCAUUCAAGUUGUUGCUGCUGAUUAGAAAGUGAAUCAAUCUGUGCGACCAACAAUGAAUCUCUAUGCUCUACUUGACUUAUCAUUGCCAGGAUUUGUUAUGGAACCCAAGGACCUUCUUGUUAGGGGACAAUGACGUCAUGCAUUAACGUUUUCGCCUGACUCCAGCAUGAUUUGGCCAAUCAGAGUGGAAGGUGGGGCCAGCGAUUCGAAAGACUCACUUGUAGCUUUUAUAUCCUUGAACGAAUUUAUCUCGCCACGCACACUUAAUAAAUACAAUUGAAUAUGUAUCUCUGUGUGGGUGCUGCGGGCUGGCUAUAAAAGGGGCUGUCGCCACGGCAGGAUCUUGCAGUUGGCGCUGAGUUGCGCAUACGACGCGUGUGCCCGCGAAGAACAGGACCUCCGAGUGCAGUGACAGAGUGCAGUGCAGUGAUGAGCGCUUCGGGAAAAAGUCUGCUGGGCCUCUGGCUCUAUCGCAGUGGCGAGCAGGAGUGGUCCGUCAAGCAGGGCAGUCCCCUGCAUCAGCUCAAUAAGGAUACAGCUCCGGGAUCAUCGGCGCCAGUCUCCCACUCGAACUUAUCGAGGCACUCAUCCGCUCCAUUGGAGCCACCGCGUCUGUCCAUCGGACCCAGUGCUGGCCAGGAUCCGCCCCGACAGCACUCUCCUGGCGAACGCAUCUCCAUCAUCUUCACCCUGCGCAACCAGGUGGGAAAUCUGGCCCGGGCCCUGCAGGUCUUCCAGGAGCUGGGCAUCAAUGUGCUCCACUUGGAGCUAUCGCCGCUGGAAAUGGCCACCAAUCAGGCGGAUGUCCUCGUGGAUGUGGAGUGCGAUCCUCGACGACUCGACCAGGUGGUUAAAAUGCUCAAUCGGGAGGUGGCCUCCGUGAACUAUACUUCGGUGAACACCCAUGGACUGGCCAGGGCUCCUUCACUCUCGGCCUGUUCUAGUUUUGAUUUUGGCGACAUGGUGUGGUUUCCGCGUAAGAUUUCCGAUUUGGACAAGGCACAGAAUGUCUUGAUGUACGGCUCAGAAUUGGAUGCAGACCAUCCGGGAUUCAAGGAUCCUGUGUACAGGAAACGCCGUGAACAGUUCUCGGCCAUUGCCAAUAACUUUAAGCAUGGCAAUCCCAUACCAAGAGUUCAGUACACACCCGAGGAGGUGAAAACUUGGGGCACCGUGCUGUUGGAGCUUCAUCGACUUUAUGUCUUGCAUGCUGUGCCAGAGUACAUGGAAAACUGGCCAGAGCUGGAGAAGUAUUGCGGAUAUCGCGAAGACAAUGUUCCCCAGUUGCAGGAUGUCAGUGUUUAUCUGAAGCGGAAGACGGGCUUUCAGCUGCGACCUGUUGCAGGAUACCUUUCGCCAAGGGACUUCCUUUCAGGACUGGCCUUUAGGGUUUUCCACUGCACUCAGUACAUAAGGCACUCCUCGGAUCCCUUUUAUACCCCGGAACCGGAUUGCUGUCAUGAACUCUUGGGCCACAUGCCCUUGUUGGCUAAUUCGAGCUUUGCUCAGUUUUCCCAAGAAAUUGGUUUGGCCUCUUUGGGAGCCAGUGAUGCGGAUAUUGAAAAGUUGGCCACGCUCUACUUCUUCACUGUGGAAUUUGGGUUAUGCAAGCAGGCGGACAGCAGUUUCAAGGUUUACGGAGCCGGACUUUUGAGUUCUGUGGCGGAAUUACAACAUGCCAUUACGGCGGAGCAGAAGAUUAAGAAAUUCGAUCCGGAAGUAACUUGCCAGGAGGAAUGCAUAAUCACUUCGUACCAGAACGCCUACUACUACACGGAUUCCUUUGAAGAGGCCAAGGAGCAAAUGAGGGCCUUUGCCGAGAGCAUCCAGCGUCCGUUUGGAGUUCGUUACAAUCCUUAUACCAUGAGUGUGGAAGUCCUGUCGAAUGCCCAGAAAAUCACGGCCGUGGUCAGCGAACUCAAAGGCGAUCUCAGCAUUGUCUGCUCGGCUCUACGGAAAAUAUCCGCAACCGAUGAGAACUUGGACGUGGACAGUAUUGCCAAUAUGUUGCACAAUAGCCUAAAUGUCCGGGGAGGAGCUGCCGGAGGCGGAGGCAGUCCCUGCAGUCCGGACAACUCGGAUAACUCUACGGCGGAUGGGGACUAGAAAUGAAAACAAAUACAAAUCAAAACUUGGGACCAAAAAGCAGUAUAAUUCGCUUCGGA